AUGAGUGCUUUCAAGAAAAACACCGAACUGAAAGAACAUCUAGAAGGUCACAUUCAGUUAAAACGGUGGCCAUCGGAAUGUGUUGACCCGUCAUGUAGCCACACCGCCGCUGACGAGGUGGACUACCGUCGGCAUCUUCGCGACGUGCACCAUUACCAAAGGAAUAUCUGUGUGCGGCCCGAGACGACCUGCAAGAAACGAUCCUCCUCUGCCCUGGACGAGUCUUCAACCUCGGACAGAAAGCAACCCAUGGAAGUGAAACGACCCUGCAAACGUCAAAAGGCCGGGUCGAAGCCUUCACAUGGUAUCAAGGGGCUGACUUUCAUCAAUUGGGGGCCCCCUACAGCACGAUUAAGAGCGAUGAGUCCUGCGCAGGUUCGGAAGAAAGAUCAGGACAACCAAUGCCCAAGCAUCAAUCUGCACGCAGUAUCACAGGAUGGCCAUUCUGCUCGAUCAGCUUCACUUGACCUCCCCGGCCUGAUAGAUGAUACGAGCACCUGCUCCAGCUACUCUGCAGUCCCUCCCGCCAUGAGUGCCAUCCCUAUUGACCCUCAGAUCUUGCAAUCUCCCCCUGGCUUGUGUGCCAACCAGUGCAAGGAUAUGGGCAGCACCGUACCUGUGAUCCUGGGGAGUAUGGAGACAGUCACUGCGCCAAUGAACCAGCAGAGAGCGACGUUUCCCAUCAGACGCCCCUGGCAAACCCUACGCAGAUGGAGAUUGACUGCCAAGAGGCUGCUUACCUAG